AUGCCGCCCAUACCGUUUAACAUCGCUGUUCCUGAUGAGGCGCUAGAGCGCCUCCACCAGAAACUCGAGUCUGCAACCUUUCCGGAUGAACUCGACAGUGUUGGGUGGGACAUGGGAGUACCCCUCAGCGAAAUCAAACGACUAACGAGCUACUGGCGAGACGGAUUUAACUGGCGAGAGCAGGAACAAAAAUUGAAUGAACAAUUUAAGCAAUUCACCACCUCUGUAUCUGUCGACGGUUUCGAUGACCUAGAAAUCCACUAUCUGCACCAUACGAGCAAGCGCCCGGGAGCCAUUCCCCUGCUAUUUAUUCAUGGAUGGCCAGGAAGUUUCAUCGAGGCCACCAAGCUGAUUCCACUACUAACCAGCGGCGUCGAGAACAGUCCAGCAUUCGAUGUGGUAGCCCCCUCUCUGCCGAAUUUCGGCUUCUCUUCAGCAGUGAAAAAGCGUGGGUUCGGCCUCCAUCAAUACGCAGAGGCUCUACACAAUGUCAUGACAACCCUAGGCUACAAAGAAUACGUAACCCAAGGCGGCGACUGGGGUAGUUUCGUCUCUCGAACAAUGGCUCGAAAAUAUCCAGAUCACGUCAAAGCAAUCCACCUAAACUUCAUUCCCAUGCGCUUCCCCAUGCCCUGGCAGAACCCACUCUUUUUUAUUCAGGACCUCCUUCCAGUCCCAUUUUCCCGAGAUAGAAAGGCCUACCUAUCCUCUGUCUUCAACUACUUAACCAAGGGUAGCGGGUACAUGAUCCAGCAGUCCACCCGGCCGCAGACACUGGGCUACGCACUCCACGAUAGCCCCGUUGCCCUCCUAGCCUGGAUCUACGACAAACUCCAUCUAUGGACAGAUAGCUAUCCCUGGACAGACGACGAGAUCCUAAUAUGGAUAACUAUCUACUUCUUUUCCGCUGCAGGACCGGCGGCCUCGACGCGGAUCUACUACGAGACUGCAGAGGACGGAUCCCUUUCGGAGUCAAUGUCGGUUCCUGCGCCUGCGAGUGUGAAAAUCGGUGUGGCACAGUUUAAGAAUGAGUUGAUGAAGUAUCCAAUGUCCUGGACGAAGCUGCUGGGAUCUACUGUGAAGGCUACUGAAUACCCGCGCGGUGGACAUUUUGCGGCCUGGGAGGUCCCUGAUCUUCUGGUUGGCGAUGUGAGGGGGUUUUUCGGGAAGGGUGGGCCGGCUUUUGGGGUUGUCAGUGGAAGGAAUGGGUUUGAAUGA